GGGCUGGAAUAGGGGCCAUGGUUGGCACGGCCGCUGGGAAGCACUUAGACAUGGAGAAUAUGUGGGAACAGGACGAGGCUGUGAGGCAGCAAUGGACAGGAAUCUUCAGUAAAAGAAAUAAAAGGCAGAGAGAUGAAAUCCUGGAACAACAAGGAGUGAAAUCCAGAAAAGAGAUGGUGGAUGGACUGAUCGAGAGAAAGGAAACGGUCAGUGAGAUCAUUCAGCAGAAUAAGAUUGAGGUGAAGUCAGAACAUGUCUAAAGCUGUUCCCUGUGUGAUGUAAGGAGAGUUUUUAUUGGAUCAGGUACAAGGCCAGGAGGACAUUGAAAAACAAUAGAGUCCAACAAUAGAGAGCCCAAAGGGUCUGGAAGGGGGAUGUGUUAAUAAACUCAGGGAGUCACAGGCUGCACAAACUUCAAGUGUGACCCCAGACCCAUUUUAAAUCAGUGAACAAAUAAAUCCUGGAUUUUACUGCGACUCUUUUCCAUGUCCCAGCUCCUGUAAAUACUGACUGGAAAGGGACCAGAAUCUCAGGACGUUCCACACCACCGACUGCUCAUGUGGAAGUGAUCUCCGAUCAGAUUAAUGUACUUCUGAUGGGAUUAGAAGGGGAGGAUUUGCAGUCGGGAAACAGAAACAAAACAUCACAGCAGAAUCUGACAGUCGCCCGAUUUAUCAUAACCUGAAUAUCAUUUGAUUUUGAACAUGGAAGGAAAAAGUACCAUUCACAGUGGAGAGAAAUCGUACAUGUGUUCUGUGUGUGGACGAGGCUUCAACCAGUCAUCUGGCCUGUCAAGACACAAGCGCAGCCACACUGGGGAGAAGCCGUGGAAAUGUGGGGACUGUGGGAAGGAAUUCAGCUUCCCGUCAGAACUGGAAGAGCAUCGGCGCAGUCACACUGGGGAGAGGCCGUUUACCUGCUCAAAUUGUGGGAAGGGAUUUACUCUUUCAUCCAACCUGCUGAGCCACCAGCGAGUUCACAGUGAAGAGAGACCUUUUAAAUGCCCAGACUGUGGGAAGGGCUUUAAAAGUUCCUGUGAGCUGAUGUCCCAUCAACGUGUUCACACUGAUGAGAGACCAUUCAGGUGCUCUCACUGCGGGACUGGCUUCAGGCGAUCAUCCCAACUCACUGUACACCUGCGAAUUCACACUGGGGAGAGGCCCUACACCUGCUCCACUUGUGGGAAGGGAUUCAGUCAGUCAUCCAACCUGCUGAGACACCAGCAAGUUCACAUGGGAGAACGGCCAUUCACCUGCCCCCAGUGUGGGAAGGGAUUCACUCAGUUAUCUAGCCUGCUGAGACACCAGCAAAUUCACACUGGAGAGAGGCCAUUCAUCUGUCCUCAGUGUGGGAAGGGAUUCACUACCUCAUCCCACCUGCUGACACACCAGCGAGUUCACACCGGGGAGAAGCCAUUCACCUGCCCACAGUGUGGGAAGGGAUUCACUCAGUUAUCUUGCCUGCUGAAACACCAGAAAAUUCACACUAGGGAGAGGCCAUUCAUCUGCCCUCAAUGCGGGAAGAGAUUCACUACCUCAUCCGAACUGCUGACACACCAACGAAUUCACACUGGGGAGAGGCCAUUCAUCUGCCCCCAGUGUGGGAAGGGAUUCACUACCUCAUCCAAACUGCUGAGACACCAGCGAGUUCACACUGGGGAGAGGCCGUUCACCUGCCCCCAGUGUGGGAAGGGAUUCACUACCUCAUCCAACCUGCUGAGACACCAGCGAGUUCACAAUGGGGAGAAACCGUACACAUGUUCUGUGUGUGGACGAGGCUUCAACCGAUCAUCUGGCCUGUCAAGACACAAGCGCAGUCACACUGGCAAGAAUCCGUGGAAAUGUGGGGACUGUGGGAAGGCGUUUAGUUACCCUUCUGACCUGGAAACGCAUCGGCGCAGCCACACUGGAGAGAGGCCCUUCACCUGCCCUGAGUGUGGGAAGGGAUUCACUCAGUCAUCCAGCCUGCUGAAACACCAGCGAGAUCACAAUGGGGAGAGGCCAUUUACAUGUUCUGAGUGUGGGAAAGGAUUCACUCAGUUGUCCAAUCUGUUAGGACACAAACGUGCUCACACUGGGGAGAGGCCAUUCACUUGCUCAAAGUGUGGGAAGGGAUUCACUCAGUCAUCCCACCUGAUGGCUCACCAGCGAGUUCACAAUGGAGAGAGACCGUUCACAUGCUCUGAGUGUGGGAAUGGAUUCACUCAGUUAUCUGACCUGCUGAAACACCAGCGAAUUCACACUGGGGAGAGACCAUUCACCUGCUCAGUGUGUGGGAAGGGAUUCACUCAGUCAUCCCACCUGCUGAAACAUCAGCGAGUUCACACUGAUCAGAGGCCUUUUCAAUGUCUUCGCUGUGAGAAGUGCUUUAAAAGUUCUGCCGAGCUGAUGUCCCACCAACGAGUUCACACUGACGAGAGACCAUUCAAAUGCCUGGAUUGCGGGAAGUGCUUUAAAAGUUCCGGGGAACUGGUGACCCAUCAACGUGUUCACACUGAUGAGAGACCAUUCAGGUGCUCUCACUGUGGGAAUGGGUUCAGGAAAUCAUCUCAACUCACUGUACACCAGCGAAUUCACACUGGGGAGAGACCACUCACCUGCUCCAAGUGUGGGAAGGGAUUCAAUAAUUCAUCCAAUCUCCUGAAACACCAGCGCAUUCACACUGGGGACAAACCUUUCACCUGCUCUGAGUGUGGGAAGGGAUUCACUCAGUCAUCCCACCUGCUGAGGCACCAGCAAGUUCACAAGAAAUUAUAGUGAUUGGAUUUUGCUGGUAAUCACAUUGAGGACUGAGUCAUAUUCAGUUGGGUCUGUUUCUGCUGAUGUUCAUAAACAACAACCCAGUUAUAGGGGAUAAUAUUCUGGAAGGAAA